AGUUUGGUUGGUGCCUCACAUCCUUGAUUUGAAGGCUGAGCAGAGCAGGAGAAUGAAGAUGACAAAGCGAAAUUAAAAAUGCUGGAUUAGUUUCAAUUCGGUUUUGUAGUCGACACAAAUUUUAGCCGCACAAGGAAAUUAUAAAAGGCAUUUAUAAAAAUGUCUGCUACAGAGCCCAUCAUCAGAUCCAGGCAGACAGAGAAAACAGUGAAUGGAAUCUCAACACAGGUUGUCUGCACAGAGUUCAGUAAUUACAUAUUCAUAGUCCUCACCCAGUACGGCAAGAUUGGAACAUUGAUAUCUGUCACACCUGACUCCAGAACCAAUGAUAUCAGCACGCCCAUGUUCUCCACCAAAGUAUUGCUGGGAAAAGACGAGCCUCUGACCCAUGUCUGUGCAAAGAACCUGGCAAUGUUUGUGUCACAAGAGGCAGGCAACAGGCCUGUCCUGCUGGGACUUUCUCUGAAGGACACCUCCAUAGAAACGAUAAAGCAAAUGAAAGAAGUCAUCCAAAGUUGUAAAGUGUGGUGACGGGUCACCAGCAGGAGCCAGGAGAUUCCUUAACAUGGGUGCAAAAAGCCUGAAAGCUGGACUAGAUGCAGCCCACCAGUUUGCUGUCACGUUUAUAAUUCUUGUCAACUUUUCACCUUGUUUGACUGUAAAGUAGAACACAUGUCUGCUCUCAAAAAACAGUAAUGUAAAAGCCAACCGGUUAUUUAUCAUCUAGUCAAUUAUAAAUCCUUAGAUUUAUGUUCCAAGGCUAAUUUUGUAUGAACCUUGUUUCCUUGAUUUUUUUUCUUGGUUUUACUCAAGCUAUUAAAAUGCUGUAGAUUUUUAAAACUGUCAAGUGUUUACAUUCUCACCGGUUGUUUGAGAACCAUAACAAAGUUUAAGUUCACAUUUCAGUCCACAUUUUUUAAUUUGCAGCAUCCAAAGAAAUCUGAGGCUUUACCGACUAGAUUAAAAUACAGUCUGCAUAGUCGAAUCAAUUUUAUUUGUACAGCCCAUUAUCACAAAUACAUAUAAAAAUGCAUAUACAGUCUGUAUAGUAUUCCUAUUGUUUGUAUUUGGUUUUAAUACUUGUUUUCAUUUGCAUUUUGCAUUUGUGAAAUUACCAUUCAUGCCUCUGAGCAUGUUGUAGUUAUAUGUUGAUUGUCAGCCAAUGAAAUUGUUUGUUGAUUAAGUCAAGUCAAGUAGGUUUUAUUUGUCCCCAGAUAGGCAAUUGCUGUGUAGCAGCGGUAACAUUUAAACACAAACACUCCAAAGAGCACAUAAGGCAAAUAGGCAAACAAAUACACCAAUUAAAGAAACCUACCAUGAGGCCCUUCACUGAAGACAUGCUGAAACUAGCUACAACCUGUUACCUCGUUGCAUGUCUGCAAAACUUUUGAAUCAAAACCCAAAAUAUUCAUCUUAACAUAAUAUCCAUGAACAUUGUCACAUUUGGCAAGAGGACUUUAUACAAAUUACAUAACUUGAUCUUGAAUCCUUCCCAGCUACCCUUUCUUAAAACCUGGCAUGAAAUAUUGGGCUGGAUUUUUAAAUUAUUUCAUCUAAUUUCACCUGUUUGAUGUGUCACUGUUAAAAUACAUUUGUUUAAAUACAUAAUUUUGUAUUUGGUUUGAUUACAGUUAAUAUGUAGUUGUACAUAUGCAUGUGUGUUGCCCAUCUCUGGCAACUACAUCUUGAUGAACUCGGAUUCAUAGUUUGAAUUUAGACCUGGGUUUAUGUCAUGAAGGGCUAUUCAGCCGCCAUUACUUGCAAAGUAAAAUUAGAUGUGCCCUAAAUUAAGGACUUUAUACACCAUGUAUGGGUUGGUGGAAUUGUGAUUGAUUUUUAUUCAUUUUUAAACAACUGAA